CGGGGCUCGCCAGGUCUGCGGGCAUGUCUCCGGUGAACUCUAAGCCCGAUUCGGUGCCGCUAUCGCGGCGGCUGCUGACACGCUACCUGCUCCUCCUCCGCCUUUAUCCGGUGCUCACCAAGGCCGCCUCCAGUGCCUUCCUGUCCGCUCUAGGGAGUCUCCUGUCUCAACUAAUUGCGAAGAGCCAGAAAAAGAAGCGCCUUGACUGGCGGGAACCCCUCCGGUUUGCUACCUAUGGUUUCUUAGUCACUGGACCGCUCAGCCAUUACUUCUACCUCUACCUGGAGCAGCUCAUUCCUUCCGACACGCCUUUUUCUCUCGUCAAACGCCUGCUGGUGGAUCGUCUCAUUGUCUCCCCGGCUUUCCUGGCCCUCUUUUUCCUGGUCAUGAACUUUUUGGAGGGGAAGGACCUGUCCGAGUUCUCCAAAAAGGUAAAAUCUGGCUACUGGACAUCCUUAAAGAUGAACUGGAAAGUAUGGACCCCCGUCCAGGUUAUUAACUUCACUUAUGUCCCUUUGCAGUUCCAGGUGCUCUUCGGAAACCUCGUGGCCAUCCUGUGGUUUGCCUAUUUGGCGUCGGACAAGAAGAGAUGAGGCAGAAGCCGCGGGCCUGGCCCGGCAAAAGGGCUGGCCAUGGCUUUCCCCUGAGGUGGUGGAAGGAAGGAGCAGAGGAAGGUGGCUUGUGAGCAGCCUGGUGUGUGAGACUUCUUCUCUCUUGCAACUUGCCCCCUGGCUUUCAGCCUGGCAUCUAGGGCCUGGAUGAAGGGACUUCCCCUGUUGCUCCCCCGCUAAUAGCCAUGACUAACAAAAGGCCCCUGGGCUCUGCUUUUUAGAUCUUUUCCAGGUGCGAUUGCUGGAAAGAUUUUUUUUUUCUGCCUUUUCUCACAGGGCACUUAAAGGGUAGUGGUUAAUCGGUUAGGCAGGGAUCAGAACGGGCCAUAAAUAUGUGGGUGCGUGCUUUCUGAGCAAUAAACGUAAUGAGAAGAGUCUUUUGAAUUAAAAAAAAAAAAACCCUACACAAUGAUGGUGUUACAGUUUUGUGUUUGCGUGCGUGUGUGUGUGUAUCCUAAAAAUACGAGUUCCAGGUGUAGCUAUAAAAGAAGAGACAGACAGGGGAGGAAGCAAUAGAAGUUAGGCCUCCAUUGAAUAACAUGUCUGAAGUAAAAAUGAUAAAAGAGCUAAUCACAGGUGGGAGGAGGGUAGAUGGGCCUAUGACGUGCGCAAGGGCUAAAUUGACCAUUGAUGCAUAAAGGCGAAUCUCUCUUCGAUGGUAGUUUUUACACACUGGUGAUGUUAGCAGAGGCCAACGAAAGCUAAGUGGAUAAUAUAGUUUAAGUUCCAGAGAUCGUGAUGUCUGUCUCUGUGUUCAGCUUCUUUCUUUGCUGGCAUCCUGUCCUAAAAUGCAGGGGAGGGGAUGGAGAAAUUCAGGGAAGCAAAACUCAGUCGUGGGAUGGCGGGGGGAGGACAAGCUGAUAAGAACCAGAGGUGCCAAACCAGAAUUAGCCAGCUGACAAGGACCCCUGGCCUAAGGAACAGAAUACGAAACUACAUUGAACAAUGCCAAGCAGCAAAACGGUUCCCGAAACAUCAAGAGCGCAUACUGUUGGACACUGAUGGACUGGUCAGGGAGGGACAGGCCAGAGGGAAGGGAAAAAUGUAUGACCUUUGUGUGGAAUAAAUACUCAGUCCGAGCUUUCCUUUCGCUGCAACCACUUAACUUUAGUAAAAACAACCUAUCACUUCAA